AUUUUAAAAAAUAAAUUAAUUUGUUUUAAUAUAUGUAUAUAUUUAAUUAGUUUAAGAAUUGUAAUGUUUAUUAUAAUAAUUUAUUUUAUUAGAAGUAGUUUAGUAGUAUUUUUAGAGUGGGAAAUUAUUUCUUUAAAUUCUUUAAGAAUUAAAAUAUCUAUUUUAUUAGAUUGAAUAUCUUUAUUAUUUAUAAUAUUUGUCUUAUUAAUUUCUUCAGUUGUAAUUUAUUAUAGAAAAAGAUAUAUAAGAUCAGAAAUAAAUUUAAGUCGAUUUAUUAUUUUAGUAAUAUUAUCUGUUUUUUCAAUAAUUUUACUAAUUAUUAGACCUAAUAUUAUUAGAAUUUUAUUAGGGUGAGAUGGAUUAGGAUUAGUUUCUUAUUGUUUAGUAAUUUAUUAUCAAAAUUUUAAAUCUUAUAAUGCUGGAAUAUUAACUGCCCUAUCAAAUCGAAUUGGUGAUGUAUUAAUUUUAAUAGUAAUUUCAUGAAUAUUAAAUUAUGGGAGAUGAAAUUAUAUUUUUUAUUUAGAGUUUAUAAGGAAUGAUUAUUCAAUAAUAAUAAUUGGGACAAUAAUUAUUAUGGCUGCAAUAACUAAAAGAGCUCAAAUUCCUUUUAGUUCAUGAUUACCAGCAGCCAUAGCAGCUCCUACUCCUGUUUCAGCAUUAGUUCAUUCAUCUACAUUAGUAACUGCUGGGGUAUAUUUAUUAAUUCGAUUUAAUUUAUUAUUAGAAAAUAUUUAUUUUUUAAAAAUAUUUUUAUUAUUAUCUGGUUUAACUAUAUUUAUAGCUGGGAUUUCAGCAAAUUAUGAGUUUGAUUUAAAAAAAAUUAUUGCUUUAUCAACUUUAAGUCAAUUAGGUUUAAUAAUGAGAAUUUUAAGUAUAGGAAUACCUGAUUUAGCUUUUUUUCAUUUAUUAACUCAUGCUAUAUUUAAAGCUUUAUUAUUUAUAUGUGCAGGAGUUAUUAUUCAUAUAAUAAAUGAUACUCAAGAUAUUCGAUUAAUAGGGGGGUUAAGAAAUUAUUUACCUUUUACUUCAUUAUGUAUAAAUAUUUCAAAUUUAGCUUUAUGUGGGAUUCCCUUUUUAGCUGGAUUUUAUUCUAAAGAUCUAAUUUUAGAAAUAGUAACAAUAAGAAGUUUAAAUAUAUAUAUUUAUUUUUUAUAUUAUAUUUCUACAGGAUUAACUAUAUAUUAUACUAUUCGUUUAAUUAUAUAUUUAAUAGUAAAUAAAAAUAAUUUAAUUUCAGUUUUUAAUUUAUAUGAUGAGGAUUAUAUUAUAUUAAAAAGAAUAUUUGUAUUGUUAUUUAUAAGAGUGGUGAGAGGGUCAUUUUUAAGAUGAAUAAUUUUUUUAAAUCCUUAUAUAAUUUAUAUAUCUUUUAAUAUAAAAAUAAUAGUAAUUUAUGUAAGAUUAAUAGGGGGAAUGUUAGGGUAUUUUGUGAGAAAUAUAAAUAUUUAUUCUUUUAAUAAAUUUUUACAUACUUAUAAAUUAAGAAGAUUUUUAUGUUUAAUAUGAUUUAUACCUAAUUUAAGAACUUAUGGGGUAAAUUAUAUUGUAUUAUAUAUAAGACAAAAUUUAUUAAAAAUUAUUGAUAUAGGAUGAAGAGAAAUAUAUAGAGGACAAGGAAUAUAUAAUAUUUUAAAAAAUUAUUCUAUUUUUCAUAGAUUUUAUCAAAAUAAUAAUUUUAAAAUUUAUUUAUUUAGAUUUGUUAUUUGAAUAAUAAUUUUUUUAUUUAUUUUAAUAAUUU